UGUCAAGUCAGUCAAUUCAAGGCUUACGAUACGAUGAAAGUUUGUCCUCUUUUGCUUUUGUCAUCACUCUGUUCGCUGUGUCGAGUUGCGGCUUCCCCCAUCGGCGACAUUGUCAACACACGCUACGGUUCGAUUCGGGGAAACGCUCCUGAUGCGAAAGGGAUCCGAUCAUUCAAAGGCAUCCCUUUCGCGGAGCCUCCUGUCGGCAACCUACGAUGGCAAUCUCCACGCAGCCCACAGCUGUGGAACACAACGCUCGACACCACCAAGUUCGGCCAGUCUUGCUGGAGUUUCCUCACACUGGUUCCUCCUCCUACUGUUGAAAGCGAGGACUGCCUGACGGUGAAUGUUUGGUCGCCUGCAACAGACACGCAAGACAACUUGCCAGUGAUGGUAUGGAUCUAUGGUGGCGGCUUCCAAUUCGGCUCAACUGCAGAAGCGCGGUACGAUGGAUCAGGUCUCGCUUCAAAAGACGUUGUGCUGGUCAGCCUCAACUACCGCAUGGGGCUCUUCGGCUUCCUCGCACUGUCCGAGCUCGACAAGGAAGGCUCAAGCUCUGGAAACUACGGUCUGCAAGACCAGCUGUUCGGCCUUCAGUGGGUCAAGGAGAACAUAGCCCUUUUUGGUGGCGAUCCCAGCAAGGUGACCAUCUUCGGAGAAUCAGCUGGUGCUCAUGCUGUCGGCCUACUAGUGAGCUCUCCGGAAAGCAAAGGUCUGAUCUCGGGAGCUAUUCUGGAGAGCGGAGCUUUCUGGGAUUCCGUUUCGGGCUCCUUGCGAACACCGGCAGAAGCACGGGCGUUUGGUCAAGACUUUCUCCAGCGGAUGGCCGUCUCCAGUGUUGCUCAGCUUCGCGUCAUGUCAGCCCAGACGCUAGUCACUGCGGGGCAGUGGACGCCCACAACGGAUCCAGUCAUAAGCGCCUUCUCUCCCAGCAUUGACGGCUUUGUUCUUCCGACUACGCCGGCAGAAGCAUUUGCGACAGGUCAUCAGGCACUGGUCUCUCUCCUUGCAGGCUGGAACGGAGCCGAGUACAAUGCCUUUGUGCCGUUCGAGCUGCCUCACUUGACGGCACAGCUGUUCGAACAGGCCGCUAUGGUGCCAUUUGGGAGCGACCUCGGGCAAUUUAAGGAGCUGUACCCCGAUGCCACCAUCGAGCAGCUCAACAGCUCCGCCGAAACGCUCUGCAGCGACACGGUCAUCCGGCAGCAGACGUGGGAUGCAGUUGACAAACAAUCCCGUCACGUCCCAUCUACGUAUGCCUAUUUCUACACCUACGCCUCUCCAUACUCGCCGGUCCCUGGUCACACGGCCGAGAUUCCCUUUGUCUUCGGCACUCUGAACUCGACCACCGUUGCUGGAGGCUCAGGCGUUCCCACAGCAGCCGAUGAAAAGAUCUCUGACACAAUCAUGACGUACUGGACCAACUUUGCCAAGACCGGUGACCCCAAUGGCCCCGGCCUCGCGACCUGGCCAAAGUACACGAGUGAGGCGCACGAGGUGAUUAUGCUGGCGAACGUCGUCUCUGCGGGAGUCUACUCUCUGGACCGCUUCCAAUUUAUUGAGAAGUACCGCCUCAGUAACGGAUCUUUCCCUCAUCGCUGGCGCAAUGUGCAGAUUCAGGGCAGUCUUCCCUCCGACUGA